AUGUACGAAGGCAACUUCGACGAAUGGGUCGCCUACACAACCGCUAUCUUCACCAAGCAAGGCAAACCACACCAGGUCUAUCCGGCGAUCCGGCUCUACUAUCGAAGCGGCACUGUCAAGUACUACAAGAGCACCCUGGGCGACAUACGAGUCCUCCUCGAUAGCAUCAGCGAGCACCUCCUCAACCGCAUCCCCUCCGAUCUCGAGCUCGGCGAACUCUGCAAGCCGUUUCGUCUGUUCGAUUUGCCAGCAGAAUUCCGCGUCAAGAUCUACGAAAACGUCAUCCCAGUCGGCGUACGGCAAAGCCUCUCAAGCUCACCCGAGUGCGAUUGUGGUAACGACUACUUCCCCCGACGCGGAGGCGUGCCUGCCUUAGCCCAAGCGAGCAAACAAGUCCGCCAAGAGGCCCUGCCCGUGUACUUCUCCUCCACGACCUUCUACCUCGAUAGAGGGGACAGGGAAAAUGAGGUGAACCUGAGAUCUUGGAAGAGUCGCUACCUGCAUGGCUCGGCGAGGUUCUUGUGGGCGCUCGAUGUCACCGUUGACGCAUUGAGAGGCCCAGUUGAGUUGGACAACUACGGCGCGGAGUCGGAUGGCCUGGAAUGUGUGGUGUUGGAGGUUCGGUACCAUGGGCUCAGUCGAGGGGUUGAGCUGAAGGCUCGGGCUGUGCCAACACUGAAGGCAGAGUCGAAAGAGAAGCUGGCGGCUCUCGCGGCUGAAGUGAACAUGGAGGCGAAGAAGCGCGGACUCAAGGCCGAAAUGGUUCUAACGGUGGUGCAGCGGCUGUUUGAGGAAACGAACAGGAACCCUCGUUCAGAGAAUCCCCUGGGCUUAUUUCUUGAGGAUGAAGAUGAGGAGGAGGAGUGGGAUUGGGGACAUGAAGAUUAA